UAACAAUAAACGCGUGGGACACGCCCUCCGCGGCGGCGCGUCGGCGUCGUCUACGGUGCGUGGCGGCGGCGGCAACGGUGUCCAGUCCCCACGAGCCCUCACGUACGCGCGCACACCGCAGACAUAAUAAGGCAGGUACCACCGCCGCCGCCGCCUCGACAUGACCGAAUCCGGAGUGGCCGUCCGCCGGCCACUGUCGCCCAGAAAGUUUUUCGCCAUGUUGUACGAGACGGACGCUGAUGUGGCCGCUGCCGCCGAAGACGUACGCCGUCCACACCCCGGCCGCGCCGGCGACGUCCCGCUACAUCAGUGGUACGGACUAAGGCGGCCGUCCGUCCCGGGGCAGCUCGCCGCCGCCGCCUCAGAUGCGUCACUGCAGCAGCACACCGUCGUCGUCGUCCGGCCGACCGCCGCGUACGUCGAACACACGUUCGCCGCCGGCUUGACCGCUUUUCUCGAGAGGAGGCGACGGAAAGAAGGCCGGGCGCCCCGGCGGCAGAGGACCACGUUCAGUCCGGAACAGACGCUCAGCCUGGAAAUGGAGUACAGGAGCAACGAGUACGUGUCCCGGAACAGAAGAUCGGAAUUGGCCAACGCGUUGGACUUAUCCGAAACGCAGGUGAAGAUUUGGUUUCAAAAUCGUAGGGCCAAGGACAAGAGGCUGGAAAAGACCCAUUACGACCAGCAGAUCAGGCAGAUGUUCCAGCAAAACGGAUUCAUUUUGCCGAAGAUUUAACGGUGGGUUAAGCGUGGUCGACGAUAACGAUAUUAUAAUACAAUAAACCUACCUCGGAAUAAUAUUGUCACCAUAUAUCGCUGUUAAACCGUGCUGUACAUAUAUGAUAUAUAUAUUAUAUCGUAUCUGCCCGACGAAGAUGGCGCCAAAAUCUCGCAAGACGAAAAGAGCGGAAUCCGUGAAAUAAGAUAGGCGUAUUAUAUUACGUAUAUUAUUAUUAUUAUAUAUUAUAUAUUAUUAUGCCGAGACGUCGUUGUCAUCCAUCUAUUUGAUCGCGCGAAAAGCAACGAAUUUCUCAAGUGUCUAAUAUUAUUAUUAUUAUUAUUAUUAUUAUUAUUGUUUACGAGAGAUCUCUCCUCGCGCCGUUUAUGACUAUUUUAUUUAUUAUAUUGUAAUAAUAUUAUUAUGUAUAGGUAUGAAGAGUGAAAAUAUUACGUAUGUUUAGGGUCUUACUAGGUAUUCGAAACUAUAUUAUAUUUCGUAAACACACGGGACGUUGCAAACGGUCGAUUUAAAUGCUUGUCGUUUUGGCCGCGUUAACUGUACGCAUAUACCUAUAUAAGUAUAUAAUAAUAUAUUAUACAGCAUGUUAUUCACGCGUAUAAACUAUGUAGUUACAUUAUAUCAUUACUAUUAUACAUAAUUUAUGUGUAUAUGAAUUCCAUUAUACGUAAUAUAUUAUAAUAUUUUUGUGUCGAAUUGUGUCGCAUAUGAUGGUGUUUAAUAGUGUAAUAUAUAUGGAUAAUUAUUAAUUAAUACCCAUCACAUGUUCACCUAUACAUACUAUCUAGUCGUACGAUAUUGUUUUGUAUUUUUAAGCUACCAAUGCAGUGCAUGUUUAAUAUAAUAAACCACUCGAAUAAAUACAAUUUAGUCUAUAUUUUUUAACACCACCCACGUACCCAUCAUCAUAAUAUGGGUAUUAUAAUUGUGUAAUUUUGACACGUGCGAGCGUAUAAAGAUAAGUGGCGACGACUCAUUGGUGCACGUAAUAGUCGUUGUUGUGAGGGGCUGUUUAUUAGCACCCCCGGCCGAAGUCUCAAUACGUAGAAACUGGAUGGGUAAUGCAUGGGUAAUGUGGGCAACUGUCGUAGUGUAAAAUUGUUACCUCGUUUUACAUUAUAUAAUAUAUAUUAUAUUAUGAUCGCAUUAUAAUAAUUAUGUGUAUUAUAAAAUAUGUAGAUAAAAUGAUUGACAACUUUACUA